AUGAAGGAUGCGAGGUCUAUAAAUGUACUACAAGAGUGGGAGGAGAAAACUCAGGCAUAUGGUACAUCGGGCAAGAGAUCAUGGGCAGAUGAGGUUGAGGAGGAUGAAGGGAGUAAGCGGAAACCGUCAAUCUGGGAUAAAUUUGACAUAACUAGGGUUUCUAAUGCAGGGCUUAAGCUGGAAUAUGUGACUCCAAAUCGACAAAGAGGGGUGGUUGUUUGUGAAAUUGAGCAUGAGGACAUGAGGGAGGACAAAAUGCUCAUUAUCAUGCCUCCAGAGGAACAAAGACUACGUUUACCUUCUCCUGAUCGACUAAGCAACCUUCCCAUUCAUUUAGUCGAUGACAUUCUAAGUAGGUUGUCUUUUCGAGAUGUUGUAAAAACUAGUACACUUUCUGUGGAUUGGCAAUAUACUUGCCGUAGAUUUCCAGAGGUGAAAUUUGAUCAAACAGUCUGGGAAACACCAGGGGACUUGACAUCCCCUACCAUUGGAUUUAUCCCUAUUCUCGAUUGUUUCUUCAGGUUUCAUAUAGGAACAACACUGAAAGUUACCCUUGACAUUGCUAGUCUAAAAGUGUGUCCUAAUGUUGAUCGUUUGAUACAUUUGCUUGAUACAAAUUUCAUUCAACAUUUCGUCCUUAAACUUCCAUUUACUUAUCCACCAUACAAGAUCCCUUACUUCUUUUUUAAUUGUUCAGCAUUGAGGUAUUUGUAUCUCAUGGAAUGUGAAAUACAUCUUCCACGCUUCUUUCAGGGAUUUAAUAAGUUGAUUAGCCUGAAAUUAAAAUUUGUAACGUUAUCUUCUGAUACGUUUGAAAGUUUGAUCUCUAAUUGUCCAUUGCUUGAGAAUUUAGUGCUAAAAGACAUCAACAAUCCGUACCUCAUGAGUAUAAAUGCUCCUAAGCUAAGGUCAUUUUUCUUUCGUGGAGAUAUACAAUUGAUAUAUCUAGAGAAUGUUCCUCUUCUUUCCAAUGUUCAGUAUGAGCCUAAGGAAUUAGUUCUAGAGGAAAAAUAUGGUUUUGACAAUAUUUUUUCGUCUAUUCCUGCUCUAGAGUAUUUCAGCUGGGAUCAUUUUGAGGUCGAUAUUGGAUCAACUGAAUUUAUACCAACAAGGCUUCCAUCCGUUCUUAACUGUUUGAAACGCCUAUUCAUAUCUUGGAUUGCUCUUGGAGAGUUUGUUGAGCUUUCAUUUGCUCUUUUCAUGAUAAGGAGCUCUCCAAAUUUGGAAGAAAUUGAAAUUCAGGGGUGUAUCCUUAAUGAUGGGAAUUAUUUCGAAUCUGUGCCCCAGGAGGUUGUUGAUGAGAUUCCUGCAAGCUUCUCGGAUAUCACAUUUAAUAAUCUGAGGACAGUUAAGUUUUAUGAUGUACUAUUAGAAGAGGGUGAAAUGCAGCUAAUCAAGGUUUUAUUGGCAAAUUCUCCAGCACUGGUGAAACUGGAAAUCAAGCCUAGUCAAAUGGAAAAUGACAAAUCUCUCAAAGUACUCGCGGAGAUAACAAAGUUUCAACAGACAUCAUCUAAAGUAGAAGUUGUGUAUCUUGUUGACUAG